ACAAUUCCUCCUGCUACCCCAAAGCCAUCUCCGCCGCCGCCGCCGCCCCUCCCCCGUCGGCCGCCGCAGCCCGGAGGCCGCACAAGACCGACCAUGGCGCUGAUCGGCAGCGACGACACCGCGGCGGUUCUCGGCGAACUGCGCCGCAGGAAGAACGAGGACGACCCUGACCAUUUCUACCAGUACGAGGUCGAUGCCGCGGGCCGCCUCAAGAGGCUCUUCUGGGCCGACGCCGAUGCGCGCGCCAGCAGCUGCGGCCGCAGCGACGACGUCGUCGUCAUCGACACCGCGCUCGGGACGAACAGGUACGGCGCGGCCUUCGUCCCCUUCCUCGGCAUGAGCCACCACCGCCGCCCCGUGCUCCUCGGCUGCGCCGUCCUCGCGGACCAGUCCCCCGACUCGUAUGUCUGGCUGUUGCGGGCCUUGGUGAUGUCCAUGGGCCAGGAGAGACCCAAGUCCGUGAUAACCGACGGCGGCGACGCGCUGGUCCACGCCGUCGAGACCGUGCUCCCGCUGUCCAACCACCGGAUCUGCUCGUGCCACUUGAAGGAAGGCGUCAGGGAGCACCUCGGCGGCUGGUCGGCCGAGGACGGCUUCAGGUCGCUGAUGUUCGAGGACGGCUGCUCGCCGGUGGAGUUCGAGGAGCGGUGGCGCAGUUUGGUGGCCAGCCACAGGACGGCGAGCAACCAGGAGUGGCUCUGCAGGAUGUACGUGAAGAGGGAGCUCUGGGCCGCCGCCUUCGUCCGCGACAAGUUCUUCCUCGGCAUGGCGAGUGACGAAGACGAGGGCGCGGAGUGCCUCUGCCUAUCUUCGGGCCUGCGCACGAGCUUCUCCGAGGACAUGACGCUGCUCGCCCUGCUCCAGCUCGCGGACUACAGGGGCAACUGCAUGCGCGCGCAGGAGGCCGAGCUCGACGAGGAGGCCGACAAGUCCCGCGUUGAGCUGACCACGGAGCACGAGUGCCUCGAGGUAGACGCGGCGCGGUCCUUCACGCCGGCCAACUUCGCCAUCGUGCUAGAGGAGAUCAAGGCGCUGGACGACUUCUUCGAGAUCGUCGACACCCUGAGCAGCAGCUCCGACGGCUCCGGCCCCAAGGUCUACACGCUGGAUCUCCACGGCGAUCUCUUCAGCGUGUUGCAGUCCCACGACCGCGCCAACGACGACAAGGAGACGCACUCGAGCGCCGUCUUCAGGUGCAGCUGCCGGAAGAUGUUGCGCGACGGCUUGCCAUGCCGGCACAUCCUCCACGUGCUGCAGCACGAAAAGGCGUCCUCCAUACCGAAGUGCUGCAAGCUGGGACGGCUGCUGCGGCGGGGUGACACAAGGCGCGAGAGGCUCGGCGAGAUGGAGGCGCUGGGGCGGAAGGUGUUCGACCUGGCCUCGCAGGACGCCGAGGAGUUUGAGGAGAUCAAGGAGUUCUUGCAGGACUGGCUGCAGGACAGAGAGCUAUCUUCUUCUUAAUCUCUUACGACUAUACGUGACUGACUGACAUCAUCCAUCUUCUACUCGUAUCCAUUUGUCUUGUGACUUACAUUAUCUAUCUUCUACACUAAAUCAGUGUUCUAAUUAAGGUGUAUCGGGCAGUAUGAGAUGCCCAUGAAGUAGGUUAAUUAUGAAUGUGAAUUGCUGUCAUUUUACUUAUGUGGAGCUUUUUUU